AUGCGGAUACCGGUGCUCGAGGCGCGGAAAGGCGCGCUGGAGAAGAGAAUGAGCAAGAACCAGAAGUCGCUCUGGGUGAUUGCCAUCAUCGUCAUAAUCAUCUUCGUCAUCCUUGUCAUCACAUACCUCCUCACCCUCAAACUCCGCAAGGGCACAAUCAAAGCUCCGUCUCGCGGUAAACUGCCCUCGCUAUUCUCCAUCAAGAACUGGCGCAAGCGGCCCCGCCGGAACGAUUACUCGACGAGCCUCCAGGACAAUGAGCUGGAUGGGAAUGGCCGGCGCGAGAGCCGCGAUCGCGAGAUGAGCGGCGCAGCAGACCCGGAGAGGCAGAGUCCUGGAGAUGGUGCUGGCGUUGACCGUAAUACUUCGGUGCGUAGUGUGAUGACAUUACCGGCUUACUCGCCUGCCGCAAGGGAGAACGAGAGAAUCCUAGCCAGGGAGGGCGAAAGAGCAGGCAUCGAUACUGUGGUUGAGUUCCCCGAGGGCGUGGACGAGGAAGAGGAAAGAAGAGAAAAUGAGAUGGAGUCGCUAUAUCAGAUCCGGCUUGCCCGGCGCGCAGAAGCACGAGAACGGGAGGAGCGACGGCAGGCUAGGCGAGCAGCAAGAGCACGAGGGGAUUACGAGGCGCUGGCCGAGAUAAGGAGGAGAGCAGAACAGGCGGCCGAGGAAUCAUUAUCGCAGAUACUGAUCCAGGAGCACCAGACCGCAAACCGCGAACGGAGGGUAUCGAGUGUGCAAUACGGCGAUCUAGGAGUUGCAAGGCAUGACGGCACCCGGAUACGCGCGAACUCUUCAGAAAGCGACCAACGUCCUCUUCUCGACUCGGCAGCCUCCAUAUCGGGCCAGAGUGCUCGUUCCAGAGCCCUUAGCAACAAUACCCUACACACACACUAUCGCGGUCCUUCCGCCUCCUCCGUUCUCUCCGUAUCUUCCCGCGCUUCUGACGAAUUCGACUUCCCGGAAGCAGCUCCCUCGCGGACUAAUGACACCAACGACGACUUUGAGGUCGUCUCCCUAUCGCAUCCGCGCUCAAGAUCAGUGAGCAGAGUUGCUACGCCGAUACCUACCCCCAGCAUCGAGAUACCAAACGAAGAGGCACCAGCAUACGAGGACCCGCCGAAUUAUGAGAGCCCGGUUUCAACCAGGGCGCCGCAGCUACCCACCCUAGAACGACUGCCCAGCAUACAUGUCACUGCUGAACCUACACCCGUUGAUGGCCGCCCAUAUUCCCCUACUCCUCCCAGGUGA